AUAUAUAUAUAUAUAUAUAUAUAUAUAUAUAUAUAUUCACUCUAAAGACCUUUUUGUGGAAGGAGAGAUCAUAUACAGUAGAUGUGAGAGUUUCUUCAUGGAUCCAUCGAUGUUAAUAAAAAGCUUAAUUUUUAAAGAGUGUAGUGUUGCUAGAGCAAUGCUGUAUAGUUUAAACUUUGGGAAAGCACAUUAAAAAAUAACUAUUACUUUUUUUUGUAAUAUAUAAGUAUAUGAGUAUAUAUAUGAAUGUUUACUGUCAUACCUGUUUUUCUUUCUAUCGAAUACAAAUAGAGAACUUGAACACCCAGAAUAAAAAUUAAAUAUAUUUUGUUCAAUAUACAUAAAUAUACCCAUAGCAUGCAUACAGACCUGAGCAAACAGUGUCAGGCGUUAUGUUUCUAGCUGAAGUGUUUCUUUGACAUGUGACCCAGUGUCUCUGGCCUGUUCAUUCUCUGUCUCAGUCUCUGCUCGAGCGCUCGAGUCGCCCGCUGUCUGUGGGUGUACACAUACUGCUGAGCUCUUGCUUUUUUUAUGAUGACUGGAAAGACUUUGUGGAGGAGAAGCCAUCGGUCGGUUUGUCUCUGUCACUGUUAAUGCUGUUCUGGUUGUUUCGGGGGAAAUCUGUCACACUGGUUUCACCUGACUUGAAAAACAGUUAUAAAUAAAUGAUCAGUUUUGUCACACCAUCCACAAAUACUUGUGCAAAAGUGUGGCAGUGUGUGUGGGAGGGUGAGUCAGGACCGAGCGGCAGGAAAACAGAACUAGAGAAGAGAAAAGAGCAGAUUUCACAUGUUCCACCAAACAUCUUCACAAGGACACAGCCAUGGAUCUCAACUUUCUUCUCUUCAUCUUCAGGUUCAUCAGACUCUCGGGAUCUCCAAGUCUUCUGGUGAACUCUCAGAAUGUGACGGGAUCUGAGGAUGGCAGUGUUAUCAUCUCCUGCCACCAUCAGGGGCAAAGUGGGGUGAAAUGGUGUAAGUUUGGAGGUCAGUGUAUUACAGGAGCGUCUGGGACAUUAGCCGGAGCCUCGGUCGAGAUCAGACGUGGUCUGAGAAACACGACAGUGAGCAUGAGCCGGCUGAAGAAGCAGAACACAGGAUGGUACUGGUGCUCGACAGAAGAUCUGCAGAUGCCUGUUCAUAUCACUGUCCUUCAGAAGAAGAGCAGAAAGAGUCCGGUCACAGCAGAGUCUGCUCAGAUCUCACCCAGCGCUCACAACAGGACCGCUCUCUUAUUUCUGUUGCCUGUGAUUUUGGAGAUUCUCCUGAUGAUAAUAAUUUACUUGGCACUGAAACUGUUGAGGUUUUACAGAACAAGGUUCCUCUCGUCUGAGGAUGAAGCAGACGAGGCUCGGUAUGUGUCGAUGCACAGAAAACAGUCGAGGCGUUCGUACGGCUCUGUUGCUGCUGAAGGAGUGUAUGAGAAUAUGGCUGGACUCGAAACAAUCAGUGAGUCUCUGAGAGAACCGGAUUAUGUGAACGUUAUGAAGACGUGACUUGUCACAUGAUCUUCAGAAGAUUCAGGAUUCUUGUUUUUCAGGAUUCACAGAUGAACAGAAAGUUCAGAAGAACAGCUUUUACUUGAAAUAGAAAUCUGUUGUAACAUUAUAAAUGUCUUCACUGUCACUUUUGAUCACUUUAAUGCAUCGUUGAUGAAUAAAAUUAUUAAUUUCUUAAAUUUCCAAACAUUUGAGUAAACAUUUAAAUAUCCUAAAUGAAAGCAAAUCCAUCAUUUGUGAAGCAGUGCACACAAUAUGAACUGAUGUACAGCAUGAUGAGGAUGUGACGGCUGAUGUAAUUAUGCUGGAAAUGAUAACUAUAUUCAGAUUCUGUUUGAUUCUCACCAGUGACAGCAUCAGAAGAGUGUGAUUGUGAGAGACCCGUCUCAACCAAACCUGACUGCUGCUAAAGAGCCAGACAGAGAUGUUUUUCUGUUUAUUUUGUAAUGUGAUCUAUUGAUGGAUUUCAAAGCUCAAAGCUACAACACGACUGCAGUUCAUUACAGCACCUUCAUUUAUAACCGUCAUGGGUUUGAUUCCCAGGGAAGGCCAGAACUAAAACAUUCAUAUGUUCAUCUAAACUGGAUGAUUUUAGACUGCAGUUCACACAGAUGUAAUUAUGUAACAAUGUUAAUAUAAUAACGAGCGUCAAACACCCUUUGCAUUAAAGUUACAAUAACUCAGUGUGUGCUUUAAGAGUCACUGAAGUGUGUUGUGUGUCAAAGAGACCUGAACAGAGUUAUAUAUUAUACAGUCACGUGUGUGUGUGUGUGUGUGUGUGUGUGUGUGUGCGUGUGUGUGUGUGUGUGUGUGUGUGUGUUCUUGUUUUUGUAUCAUAUCAGGACACAACUCUGUAUAAUGUCAUGGGUAUGACACAGGUAUUACAAGGAGAGGGUGACUUAUGAGCACAUAACCCAUGUCCCCAUUUUUCAAAACACUUAUAAAUCAUACAGAAUGAGUUUUUUUGAGAAAGUAAAAAUGCUCAAAGUUUCCUGUGAGGGUUAGGGUUAGGUGUAGGGUUGGUGAAGGGAGAUAGAAUAUACAGUUUCUACAGAAUAAAAACCAUUACACCUAUGGGAUGAACACACUUUACACAAAAACAAACAUGUGUGUGUGUGUGUGUGUGUGUGUGCGUGUGUGUGUGUGUGUGUGUGUGUGUGUGUGUGUGUG